CGGGGGGGCGUGCCGCAGCACCGUGGAUGUUUCUUUUGGGUUUCCUCUGGUCCCAUGUUCUUGCUGUUUCUCCUCCUCUGCCUCCUCCGUGGCCAUUUCGGCUCUAAAGCACUCUGGCUCAAGUACGCGCGAACCCUACUCUACAAGCCUGGUCUCUGGCGCACUUGCGCUUCAGCAGCUGCGAUGGUCUCGCGCCAUUUUUCGUGGCCUGCUCGCUGUGCUGGUUGUUCCUGCGCGGGCUCUUGUUCGCGUCCAGACAGGGGCGGAAGUCGAGGCGGGCAGUGAGGCGAUUGUUUCGAUGUCGACGCUCUCAACAGAGGAGUGGGAGAAGGUUCACGAAAAUACCUACGAAAAGGGGUUCACAGUUGAGUUGGACAUGACACUCGCCAAUCCUGGCGCUGCCAUUGGAGCAGAGUUGUGGAGCCAAUCGGACCACGAUCCGCUCGUCGUGCUGAAGACAGGCUGUGUGGGCCUCGUGGAGUAUUGGAACAGGGCGCAGCCAGACAAGGCCGUGCAGGUCGGCGAUGAGAUCUUCAAGGUUUGCGACUUCAGAUGGAAGCAUCGCAACGAGAUUUUCAUUGGCCACCUCAAGAAGCAGUUCGGGAUCCUGAGAGAGCAGAAGUAGGGAAUGCCGACCUUCCUUGAGCUUGGUAUCCGGCGUCCCAGGAAGGCGAAGGCGCAGCCUGAGGCCCUCACGGAUACGAAGCCCCCGAGUCUCCUUGGAACUGAUGCUCAGGUCCCCAGGGUACUCCAGGUCGAUCUCGAUCCGUUGGUGGCUUAUACGAUGGUUGACCAGAACUUCAACACCCCCACAGCCAGCGACAUGACUGUCAGCAAGAUCUCCCCAGGCAGCCCGAUUGACGUCUUCAACAAGGCGAAUCCCACAAACCAAGUGCAUGUCGGCGACACAGUCACAGCAGUGAACGGAGCCGUAUGGUCCGGCAACUCUAUGCAGUUCCCGAAGAUGCACAAGAUGGUCGAGUUGAGCCACAAGGCGGGCAAGCCAGAAAAGGGCGAGCCUUCAGUUCUGCCCCUGAAGUUGUGUCUGCAGCGUCGCCAGUAGACCUUUUGACAUCACACGCGGUGAGCAGAGCUUCUCCUUUUCCUCCUCCUUCUCCUCCUACCUCUGUGUCCUCCCCGCCCU